AUGAACAUUCGCUGCGGUCAUUUAAUUCUGUGCCUUUCCGCUAUCGGUUUUGCGGCUGCCGGGGAUUUUCCUCCGUCCGCGAAUCGCCGUGUUUCCUCGCAGCGAAACCAACCAUUCCAGGCGGAUGUGAAACAUUCGAAACCAGCGAUCCUGCAAUCGGUGGGCAAACGAUCGUACGAACGAUCGGGGGUAAUCGCACUCUCCGAAGAAUUGGAGAUGAUAGCACCGGUCGAACCGAUCGUUGGUAACGUGGCAACCGGUAAGCGGAAAUCAAAGCAUUCUUCCGAUCGCUCAGUGUCCCCGGUAACGAAUCGGUCGCCCACAAACGUCACCACCGCACCAGCGAGCGCAACCACGGAAAGUGACAUGUUCCGUUCGUACAUGGAAACGCACCGCAAGAAAUACUACGCCAAGUAUCGUGCCCAGCGUAGACGGUCCGCCUACAUGGACAACCUGGCGGAAAUUAACGAACACAACAAAGCGUUCGAGGCGGGUAGCAAUCGAUUCCGCAUGGCACCGAAUGCGUUCGCCGACAUGAAUAACAGUGAAUACCGGAAACGGCUCAUCCGGUUGAAGAUGGACCCACACCGGAAGGUGAAGCCCACAAUAUCGGACGAAAUUGUCAGCUCCAGCAACGAGCUCCCGGAGACAAUCGAUUGGCGCGAGAAGGGCUUCAAAACGGCUCCGGCCAACCAAAAGACCUGCGGUUCCUGUUACGCGUUCAGCGUGGCGUACGCAAUAUCGGCCCAGCUAAUGAAACACAUCGGCCGGGUAGAGUUGGUGAGCGAGCAGCAGAUGGUGGACUGUUCAACGGCUACCGGUAACUUGGGUUGCGGAGGUGGUUCGCUCCGAAACACGCUGAAAUAUCUUGAACAGGCCGGUGGAGUGAUGCGCGAGGUGGACUACCCGUACACGUCUUCGGUAAGUUUAGAUACGGGACAACGAAACUUUAAAAACGUGUGGUAG